AUGUCAAAGUUUUCCAUCUUCAGGAGUAUUAAUAGAUUAGUGAUUCUACCCACGACUGGUUUCACGCUGGGAUAUGUAAGUUUUAUGAAGACAUGGCCCAGUGAAGCCGGAUCGAUGUCUUUGAAAGAUAAAUUAACAGGUCCCGGUGACAAUAGAUUACAUUUACAACGUUUAGACAUUAUAUCUAAGAUUCAAAAUGAUCGCUUCUAUAAGAACUUCGAAGAAGAUACCAGUGUGAUAUAUCGAAGACAAAGUGAGACCUUACCUAAGGAUCAUUUGCCAUACCAUGUGGGCCAGGGAGUAUUAUUCGGACCAGGUAAAUUAGAGAUAGAUCCCAUUAUAUUCCAUGAUGAAGCUGAUAAAUCUAUUGUGGUGUUCUAUCAUUUGGGUGAAGGGUUAGGUAACGAAAAUGGGAACGUGCACAAGGGAAUAUUAUCACUCCUUAUGGAUGAAGCCUUAUGUUAUUGUGGAUUCCCCACGUUACCUAACGGUAGGGGUGUUACAGCCAAAUUAUCGCUAAAGUUUUUGAACGAUCUGCCUGUAAAUUCCACAAUUGUGUUAAGGGCGAACGUGAGAGAAACUAAGGGAAGAAAAUGUAUCAUUGAUGGAACAGUAGAAUCCAUGCCCACUAAGGAUUGGUUGAGAUAUUUAGUUGGUCAGGAAAAAUUUAAAAAGGGUAAGAUAUAUGCUAGUGCGGAAUGUAUAUUAGUUGAACCUAAAUGGUUUAAAUAUUUAAAAUCAUUAAAAAUUAUGUAA